AUGUCAAAUAAGUUCCACUGUGACGUUUGCUCCGCCGAUUGUACUCAUAGGGUUCGAAUCUCAUGUGCUGUAUGUCCAGAAUAUGACCUAUGUGUUCCCUGUUUUUCUCAAGGUGUGUAUAAUGGAAAUCACAGGCCAUACCAUGAUUAUAGAAUAAUCGAGACAAACUCGUACCCUAUAUUAUCGGAGGACUGGGGGGCAGAUGAGGAACUGCAACUGAUCAAAGGUGCCCAGACACUCGGGUUGGGUAAUUGGCAAGACGUUGCAGAUCAUAUAGGCAGCCGUGAUAAAGAAGAAGUUGCAGCUCAUUACAUUCAAUACUACAUCGAUAGUCCGUACUACCCUAUCCCUGAUAUAACAAAGGACAUUGAGGUAUCCCAAGAUGCCUUUUUGGACCAGAGAAAGAAGAGAAUUGAGGCCUUUAGGGAGAAGGCUUUGGAACCUCCAAGGAAGCCAAUGGCCUCUGUUCCAAGUUGUCACGAGGUCCAAGGGUUUAUGCCUGGGAGAUUGGAGUUCGAAACCGAGUUUGAGAAUGAGGCUGAAGGACCUGUCAAGGAUAUGGUAUUCGAACCAGAUGACCAACCCUUGGAUAUUGAGUUGAAACUAGCCAUUCUAGAUAUAUAUAAUUCUCGACUGACGACGAGAAGUGAAAAGAAACGUUUGCUGUUCGAAAAUGAGUUGAUGGAAUACAGGAGGUUCCAAGCAAUAGAUAAGAAGCGAACUAAAGAGGAAAAGGAUUUAUUCAAUAAGUUGAAACCUUACGCUCGAUUGAUGACGACGCAGGACUUUUCAGAUUUCACAAAAGAUAUGUUAGAAGAGCUUCGGUGUAGAUCCAGAAUUCAAACUUUACAGGAGUGGAGGGCAAACGGUAUUGUUACGCUAGAAGCUGGGCUCAAGUUUGAGCGGGAUAAGCAGGCCAGAUUCACUACUUUGGAAAAGUUUGGAAACUCUUUACCUUACAGCGCCAAUGGUUCGGUGACGAGCAGCGGCAGACAUAGAAGCACGCCACUUCAUCGAGCUGGUGCCGAUUACUCGCAGAAUUAUAACGAAAGCACUGGUAGGAAAAAGGUAAUGACAAUUAACGAUAUACAGCAUGGAUCAGAUUACAAUUUGCUAUCUUCGGCUGAACAGCAACUGUGUAUACAACUGAAGGUCAUGCCUAAACCAUAUCUCGCCUUGAAAGAGAUCAUUUUUCGAGAACUACUCCGGACGCAAGGGGAUAUGGACAGAAAGGCGUUCACAGAUUUGCUCGAUAUAGAUCCAAUCAAGGCAAGCAGACUUUAUGAUUUUUUCCGUGCCCAGAAUUGGACGUAA